GGAGCCGAGCCCCAGACAUGCGCAGAAAGUGCGGCAGCCUCGAGACUACGAUUCCCAGAAGGGCUUGCUCACCCGCGUGCAUCUUGCAAGUUCAGAGGAGGGAGGUUGGGCGGUGCCUUUGACGUCAUUUCCGCCGUGCCCCCUCACCCCUUUUUUCAUGUUUGGGGGGUGUCUGUUUCCCUUCUCUACACCGAGUUGACCGAAAACGGGCUCUCCCUUCUGUGGCCUCUGCUCUGCCCCAGGAGGACAGCCUGGAGGAGGAGAGAAUGGCUUCUGCCCUGACAGCCAGGCCUGGGAAGGUCACAUGUCCAGGCUUCCACCUUUCACAGAGUUUAAGUUAAUGGCUUUUUACUUCUGUACUGCUAAGCAGCCUUAUUUACUGCAGCAAUUAGUUUUGGUUUGGAUUGACUUAGAAAGGACACAGAAUCUCAAGUUUGAUUUAUAUGAAUCGGUGACAUUCCAGGAUGUGGCUGUGGAGUUCACCUGGGAGGAGUGGGUACGUUUGAACCCGUCUCAGAAAACACUGUACAAGGAUGUGAUGCUGGAGAACUAUAGGAACUUGGUCUCUUUGGGAUUUGCAGUUUCCAAACCAGACGUGAUCUACCAAUUGGAACAUAAGGAAGCAUCUUGGAUGUCAGAGCCAGAUUUUCCAAGUAGCAGCUGUCCAGGAAGCAAAGAAUUUACUGGAGAGAAACCUUAUGAAUGUAGUGAAUGUGGGAAGGCCUUUAGGAGUAAGACACAACUUAGUAUACAUCGGAGAAUUCAUACUGGAGAGAUUUUCUAUGAAUGUAAGGAGUGUGGGAAGGCUUGUCACUGCAACUCAGAACUUAUUCGACAUCAAAGAAUGCAUACUGGAGAGAAACCUUACGAAUGUACAGUGUGUGGUAAGGCCUUCAGCAUGAAUGCAAAUCUCAUUGUACAUCAGAGAAUUCAUACUGGAGAGAAACCUUAUGAAUGUAGUGAAUGUGGAAAGGCCUUUAGACAGAGGACACACCUUUAUGUCCAUCAGAGAAUUCAUACUGGUGAGAUUCCUUAUGAAUGUAGUGAAUGUGGAAAGGCCUUCAAGAGGAAGACACAACUUACUGUCCAUCAGAGAAUUCAUCCUGGAAAGAUUCUUUAUGAAUGUAAGGAGUGUGGGAAAGGUUUCCUCUGCAAGUCAGAUCUUACUAAACACCAGAGAAUUCAUACUGUAGAGAAAGCUUAUGAAUGUAAUGAAUGUGGAAAGGCUUUCAGGAGUAAGAUACAUCUUUCUGUACAUCAAAGACUUCAUCCUGGAAAAAUUCUUUAUGAAUGUAAGGAGUGUGGGAAGACCUUCCAUAGAAACUCACAUCUUAUUAAACAUCAAAGAAUUCAUACUGGAGAGAAACCUUAUAAAUGUAGUGAAUGUGGAAAGGCCUUCAAGAGGAAGGUACAUCUUAACCUGCAUCAGAGAAUUCAUACUGGAGACAUUCUUUAUGAAUGUAAGGAUUGUGGGAAGGCUUUCCUCUACAACUCAGAUCUUAUUCGACAUCAAAGAAUUCAUAGUGUAGAGAAACCUUAUGACUGUACUGUAUGUGGAAAGGCAUUCAGGAAUAAGACACAACUUGCUGUGCAUCAGAGAAUUCAUACCGGAGAGAAACCUUAUGAAUGUAAUGAAUGUGGGAAGUUCUUUAGACAGAGGACACACCUCUAUAUGCAUCAGAGACUUCAUACCAGAGACAUUCUUUAUGAAUGUAAGGAGUGUGGAAAGGCUUUCCCUUACAUCUCAGAUCUCAUUCAACAUCAGAGAAUUCAUAAUGGAGAGAAACCUUAUAAAUGUACUGUAUGUAUGAAGGCCUUCAGGAGUAGGACACAACUUACUGUGCAUCAGAGAAUUCAUACUGGAGAGAAACCUUAUGAGUGCAGUGAAUGUGGAAAGUUCUUUAGACAGAGGACACACCUUUAUAUCCAUCAGAGAAUUCAUAAUGGAGAGAUUCUUUAUGAAUGUAAGGAUUGUGGGAAGGCUUUCUCUUACAACUCAGAACUUAUCCGACAUCAAAGAAUUCAUACUGGAGAGAAAUCUUAUGAAUAUAGUAUAUGUGGUUAGACCUUCAAUAGGAAGGCACAACUUACUGUGCAUCAGAGAAUUCAUACCGGAGAGAUCCUUUAUGAAUGUAAGAAAUGUGGGAAAGCUUUCUGUUACAACCCAGAAGUUAUGCAACAUUAAAAAAUUCAUCCAGAGAGAAACCUUAUGAGUGUACUGUAAGAAGGAAGGUAUUAUGCCUGAAUGUAGAAUUUACUGAACAUCAGAACAUUCAUUCUGGAGAGAGACUUUUUUGAGUGUAAUGAAUGUGGGAAGACCUUCAAACUUAGGACACAGCUUGCUCAGCAUCAAAGAAUUCAUUUUGUAGAGGAAUCUUAUGAGUGUAAUGCAUGUGGGAAAGGACUUUAGACUAAGAAUGCUGCUUUAUUUCCAUCAGAAAAUUCACACUGGAGAGAUUCUUUAUAAAUUUAAGGAGUGUGGGAAGAUCUAGCUAAGUAAACUAUGAUUCUGAGUCACUAAAUGAAGUUCAGAGAGUCCUUAUUUAGCCCUCAUGGGAUAAAGAAAUAUCCCUUCUUUCUUCGGAGUCCUCUAAUAGGAUAAAAUUUAAUGUUAUCCUUCCAUGGGCCUUCAGGGAGUGAGAGGUUAUGCUGGAUGGGCAGAGGAUCCUGAGUGGCUAGUGGUAUUGGAAAAGCCUUGGUGUUAACUUUGAUCCCUGACAUAUGUCAUGCAAGAGGUAUAUGAAUUACCUCUUGGCCAUCAGAUGAUCAUGAUGUUUGCUACGUAAUUGUGGACUGUGCUUGAGGAAGCAUGAUCUGAAUUGUGUUCCUGAUUUUGAUGGUGCUGCUUCUGCUUGUAUUCAUCAGGGUAGCCAGUGUGAACUGCAAAGAUUUGGAAUCUUAUUAGUUAAAACAAAGCAUCAGAGAGCUUGUGGCAGAUGUUCGUGGGAUAUGAUUUCUUCCCAGUUUUCUUAAUGUCAAAUGGAGAAAUCCAGUUAAGUGCAGGUAAAUGACAUGAAUAACUGUGACUCUGUUAGUCAAGUACAUUAUCUAAUUUGUUGUUGUUUACGCAUUUUCCAUUGUGGCUGACUCUUUGUGACCCCCUUUUGGUUUUCUUGGCAAAGAUA